AUGGGGUUACGAGUCCACACUGACACAAAUAUAGACACCAGUUACCACGAUCCACACUACCAGUUCACAAAGUCUGAAGAAAUUACCCUGAAUCUUAUGCAACCAUACUUUGGUAAGGGCUACCAUUUAUAUACAGAUAACUAUUACACAAGUCCACAAUUAGCCGCUUACCUGGAAACCAAGCACACUCAUCUUUGUGGCACUGUCAAACACAAUAGGCAGGGUAUGCCUUCACAACAGCUGAAUGCAGAAAAUCUUGAGAGAGGACAAAUGAGUCAUUUCUUGCAUGAGGACAAGGUAUUACUUGCAGUAAAGUACCGUGAAGCAAAGGAUAGAACUACAGGGAAGCCAAAGGUUGUGCACAUGCUGACAACAAUGCACGACUGUAGCACUUUCGACACUGGUAGGCUAACAAGACACGACCCCCCACAGCAAAUCAUCAAGCCCCAAUGUGUGUCCAAGUACAACGUAAAUAUGGGUGGUGUUGACAGAACGGACCAAAUGCUUGGACUUAGAAGCCUAUGCCCAAUGCGGAAGACUCUAAAGUGGUACCAAAAACUCUUUGUUAGAUUACUUUUGCAGAUGCAAUUGAAUGCAUACAAACUCUACAGAAGAGAGAACCCAAACAACAAGCGAUCCAUCCGUUGGUUUGCCUACGAAGUGGUGAAAUCUUGGAUGCGAUCAAACCUAAACCUGCAGCAGGCUGCAGCUCCACCUCCAGCUGUACCUCCGCCUCCAGCUCCACCUCCACGCGCCCAAGAUGAAGAUGCUGUUCGCUUGAAUGGGAAACCACACAUGCCCACAUCAGUUCCAAAAACUGGUGGGCAGAAAAAAACCACUGCACAGCGAAAUUGUAGAGUAUGCACAGCGAGGGGCCAUCGAACUUCGACAUCAACCAUGUGCAAAACAUGCGUUGCACAUUCAACAGCGAAAUCGAAACCAGGACUUUACAUCAAAGACUGUGAACUGUGUCAACAUUCACUUGACAAAAACUGCUGGGAGGUUUGGCAUACCCAAAAGAACCUCCUAAAAAAGGUCUAA